AUGCUGCGGCGGGCAAUGCUUAAGUUGACACGGCAGCCAUGGGACACAUGUGAAAGCACGCAUCCACCAAAUCCUGCCUAGCUAAAAGGGGCUAAUGGAUCAAGACUACAAAUAGCCUCCAUAGCAUGACCCUUUUCCUCACAUCUCAUAUCCAUCUCUCAUAUCUUGCAACUAGCUAAGCUUGUCUGUCUAUCGAUCUACCAACGGCGGCCAAAGCAGCAGGCUUCUCCUUGUCAUCGUCUAAUAGUGCACAUGGCCUCUUCUUCUAGCUUGCCGUCAGCUGCUCGUUGCAGCCUGUUGCUCAUAGCUGCACUCACUCUUGUGCUGAGCCACGGCGCUCACGCUUAUGGUGGUUCCGGUACCGGGUUGAGCUAUUCGUUCUAUGACAACUCAUGCCCCAGUGCACGGGACAUUGUCCGACGCGUCAUCCAGGUCGCCCGGAUCAUUGACGCGCGCAUCCCAGCCAGCCUCAUCCGCCUUCACUUCCACGACUGCUUCGCCAAUGGUUGUGAUGGCUCGCUUCUGCUCGAUGAUGAUGUCUCCUCGGGGAUAAUGAGCGAGAAGAAAGCCCCUGGCAAUUACCAGUCAGCGCGUGGGUUCAAUGUGGUCGACAACAUCAAACAAGUGUUGGAGAUAGCUUGCCCCAGCACCGUUUCCUGUGCCGACAUCCUCACCCUUGCGGCUGAAAUCUCUGUCGAAUUGGCUGGAGGGCCAGCCUGGAGUGUGCCUCUCGGGCGCCGCGAUGGCACGAAGACCAACAUCGAGAGCGCUAAGGAUCUCCCAAGCCCAUUCGACUCUCUGGAUAUCAUUCAAAAAAAAUUCAGAAACAUGGGUCUCAACGAUAUUGACCUUGUCGCCCUUCAGGGAGCGCACACCUUUGGACGGGCGCAGUGUCAGUUUACGCAAAGGAACUGCACGGCCGGGCAGGAGGAGGGGACGCUGGUGAACCUUGAUGCGGCCACUCCCAACGUGUUCGACAACAAGUACUAUGGCAACCUCCUACAGGGACGCGCCGAGCUCCCUUCCGACCAGGUUAUGACGUCCGACCCUAUAGCUGCUGCGACAACCGUGCCGAUUGUUCGCAGGUUUUCCAGUAACCAGAAGGAAUUCUUCGCAAACUUUGCAGCCUCCAUGAUCAAAAUGGGAAAUAUAAGCCCACUGACCGGAAGAGAUGGGGAGGUUAGGAAGAAUUGCCGCAGGGUGAACAAGAAAUCCUAUUAAGAAGCAAGAUUCGAUACUCGUCAAUGAACAUAAAAUUUAAUUAUCUCUGUUUUACACUUCGUCAUGUAUAAUUGUAUAAAUCAUUCUUAUGAUUCAUUCUUAUUGUAAAAGCAUUCCUUUACCUGUCAGCAGAAGCUAAAUUAAUGUAUAUGUUACUUCUUCAGUACAUGGGACUAGUCGCAAACCCGUUUCUUACAACGGCCAUUUAACAGAAAAUAGGAUUAAUAGUCCACUGCUAAAACAAUGCUGAAAACACUGAUGGUUGGGGUCAGCAAAUAGCGGGUCUGCGCAGCCUGGAGUAGAGCAAAAUGUAAUGGAAAAAGGACAAUCAAAUUGAAUCAUACAACAGCCACUGGAAUUUCUUUUCUUUA